GCAGGAGGAGGAGGAGGCGAAGGGCCCGGAGACCCCGCGGCCGGACAAGUCGUCUAUGUGCCGGUCAAGACGGGAACGGGCGCGGAUGGUUUGGGAGAACCCAAGGGGUCCCUGAAGCAGGUGGCCGUCGUGGAAGAUUUCUUCGACAUCAUCUAUUCGAUGCACGUGGAGAGUUCGGCGGAACCCGGCCGCGCCCCCAGACACGCAGGACAGAAGAAAACCUACCGAGCGAUCGCCGAGACGUACGCCUUCCUGCCGCGGGAAGCGGUGACUCGUUUCCUGAUGAGCUGUACUGAGUGUCAGAAGAGGAUGCACUUCAACUCCAACGGGCUGGAACCCAAAGAGAACGAAGCCCCCUCCUCGCUGGUCUCCGGAAUCAUCGACUACAACAUGCCGCUCACCUCCACCUACCUGAAGCAGAUGAAGCUGAGGGUGAUGAACUCCCAGGAGCAGAUCUGUGAUGACUCCGUGACCAUCCUGUGA